GUCGAAAAACCCGAGAGCGAGUGGAAGCAAGAGCUCGACGCGCAAGCGUUCCAAGUGCUGCGACAAAAAGGCACCGAACCCGCGCGCACUGGAGAGUACGAUAAGUUCUACCCGAGCGAAGGACACUUCGUGUGCCGCGGUUGCGGUACGCCGCUGUACAGCGCCAAAUCGAAGUUUGACAGCGGGUGCGGCUGGCCGGCGUUUGACAAGUGCUACGCGGGCGCGUUGAAGACGGAGAUCGAUAACGCGUUCGGGAUGCGACGGGUGGAGAUCAUGUGCGCGGCGUGUGAUGGCCAUCUCGGGCAUGUGUUUGAAAACGAGGGAUUCUCGGCGACGAUGGAGCGACACUGCGUGAACUCGGUUUCGGUCAAAUACGUUCCGGCG